AUGGUCGCUCAGGUGUAACGACAUCGGAAUGACUGUGAAUUUAAAUCUACCACUAGUUUGUUCAUUGUCUAAUUCACAUUGUACCAUAUUUAAUUGAAGGUCUAAUUGAUCUUAGUUUGUCGAUAUAAAAAUGUCUCCUGAAGAAAGUGUCAGAUUUCAGUAUUAAGAGAUGUUCGGUAAAAGUAGACUUAAUAACGUGGUUGUAGUGGUGAAAGGUUGAACCUUAAAAGAUGUAAACAGCUUCUUGAAUUAUAAAUUUAGUUCUAAACAUGAGAUUGUCUAACUGUUCAAGGAUGGAGUAGUAUUUCACGAUAAAAAAGACACCUGUUCGAGUUAAUCAGGAGAGUUUGUUUUGUUUUGUGAUAUUUUGAGUGAAAAUGUUGAAAAUGUAUGUUCCAGAAUAUAACAAAAUUAUAUUACCAUUUCCAAGGACUAUCAAUCCACCACCAGAGGGAGGCACUGAAGACAGCAGCAGUAGCCGUGUAAGUUUUGACAGCUGUGCCCCUAGUCAAAUAUCAGCACAAUCACAUGCGACAACAAGAACUGAUGACCCCUUAUAUCAUGGAGACUUCAAUGGGGCAGAUGCAUGGUGGACUGUAGAUACUUAUCUCCGUGGUGGAUUGCAUCAUGGGAAGGGACCGAGAAACAAGAAUGAAGAGGAUACGUGGGACUUGUCAGAUUCAUUAGCCGAUUUAUAUGUGGAAGCAAAUAAAAGAGAUAAGAGUUUUUCUGAUGGAAUGCUGACGAUGGGCAUCAAUGCUGAUGACAUUGACCGUCCUUAUCUAGAUAAAGAUACCAGUAAUGGAUAUAUAAGAGUAUUCUUUUCUGAUGCUGAUAAUUCACAGCUUUUCAAAUUGACAUUAUCCACACAGUCCCAGAAGAUAUGUACACGAUGUGGCAGACCACCAAAUUCUCUCCAUGUUCAGUUGAACGGGGACAUUAUUAAAAGACUAGAACCCUUUGACUGUCCUCUAGCCAUACAGAAUGAAUAUUUGCAAAGGAUAGGAUAUACAGAUAUAAGUAAAAUACAGGAGUUUGGUGCCAGUGAAGAUCUGUCUUAUCUUGUUAAGUUCUAUGCAGGUAAACCAAUAUCAGAUAGUACAUAUUCCAGGAACCAGUUACAGUCUUUAGUACUGGUACGCAAGGGGAAACUGAUUUACCAAUGGGUAAAACGUCUGUGUGUCAUCUCGGGUACCAGAUUAAUGAUCUACAGAGACAAAAACAAGAACUCAAAACCAACAAUAGUUCAGCUUGCUAAAGGUUCUGUUGAAGAGUCCCAGUUCAAAGGUCAUGACUUCUGUCUGAAGUUGACCUCCACACUUCAAGGUGAUAGGUCGGUGUACCUGUCAUUUACAGAUGAAAAUGAAUUUUCAAAAUGGUUCAGAAAAUCAAAGAAGGCUACAGCAAAGUUACCAUCUAAAGCUGAUUUAUCAAAUUGUCACUUAGAAUUCCUACCAGAAACUGUGUUCAUUAACGAGGAUUUACAGAGCCUCAAUCUGAGACAUAAUGCUCUCAAAUCUCGACCAAUAGAGGAAGAUAUUUAUACCAUUGGUUGGUUGGAUGAUUUACCAAGGUUCCACAGCCUAACUAGUCUUAACUUAGCAGACAACAAUCUUCUCAUUUUACCAUCAUCAUUGUGUAAAAUGAAGACUUUGACAGAACUGAACAUAGCUAGUAACCAAAUAUCAAUAUUACCACCAGACCUAGCAGAACUUACCAAUUUGCAAGUUCUACAAGCACACAACAAUCAUCUGACUGCAUUACCAUUGGAGAUGUGGGGGAUGAAGUCACUUCAUGUUUUAGUGCUGGCUUUUAACCAUUUUACAACAGUACCUGAAGUCCUUCUAAACUCCCAGCAUGCAGCAUUACAACUUGACAGCAUUAUCAUGGCAGGGAAUAGAAUAGAAAAACUGACUUAUGAAGUGUUGUCUAAAAUGCAACAUAUCAAGAAAGUAGAUUUUAGAAUGAAUUUAUUGUCACUCUUGCCAAGUGAAACUAUAAAAUUUUCAUUUUUGGAAACAUUGACUCAUUUAGAUGUGCGAGACAAUCAGAUUCCCGACUUAGAUAUUCGUUCACUGAAAGGAUUGGAAUAUCUGAAUUGUGAGAGAACCGAGAUGCAUACAUUACAAAUAAAUGGGAUGUCACUGAAGAAUGUGUUAGCUUCACAUAACAAGUUAGAAACAUUUUCCAUUAAUCCUAAACCAGAGUGGAUUGUUAAUAUAGAGAUAUCACAUAACAAGUUAAAGACGUUACCAGGAUGGAUGUCAGAGUGUUUCUUUCUCCUGAAGUUAGAUAUCAGUUAUAACCAGCUCACUAAACUACCAGGAAGGUUAUUUGUCGAGGCACAGAAGCUGAAGAUAUUAAGAGCCAAUCACAAUCAAAUAUCCACAUUCCCAGAAGAUAUUGGUAAAACAGUGAUUGAGGAACUGAACUUGGAACAUAACAAAAUAGAAUCCAUUCCUGCUGAAUUGUUUAUCAAAGCUUCUAAGUUAAGGUAUUUGAACUUAACAGGGAAUAAUUUAGAAGAUUUGCCAGAGUUACCUCCCUCUAAUUCACCAUAUAGACUAUCAGAGCUGUACUUGUCUUUCAACCAUUUAGAUGACCUGGCUCUAACAUUUGUCUGUACAUUUUCAAGAUUAAAAGUUCUACACCUGGCACACAACUACAUUACAGAACUUAGAAACAGGGAUAUAGUGAGACUAGAUACUUUACAAGAAUUGAAUCUAUCUGGGAACAAACUGAGACAUUUACCUGUAGCUGUGGGGAAACAUCCAAAAUUACAAGUUCUUAGAAUCAAUGCAAACUUCAUCAAAGAUUUGCCUGAUUUUAAGAGAGCCCAAGCAUUAAAAGUACUAGAAGUAGGUUCCAAUCGACUGUCAGAUAUCACUGUAGCUAACCUGAUGUCAUCCCAAGUUAACUUGCUGGAUAUAUCUGGUAACAAUAUCAACCUAGACACCAGUGUUCUUAAAGGAAUUAGCACAGUAAAGAAGAUAUGUAGUAUAGAUAUGAGGGGACAGAAUCGGUCAUUACUGGAUCUCAGACAGUCCGUGUUUGAUAACUCAGGGUUACCAUGGCAAACUGGAUUGUCUCAAACUUCUGGAACCAGAAACAAAUUGUCAGUAUCCAUUAUCAACAAGCCAAGUUUUACCAAUGAGGUAGAGGGAUUGUUUGGUAUAUUUGACGGAGGAAGAAAUGACGAGGUUGUCAAGGUGAUAACAGACAAUGUGGAUAAAACCUUGCUUGGAGAAAUACACCACCAAACUACACAUUACAGUUAUAUGAAAUAUACCAUGCUGGCCUUACACAGUAAGCUUAAAUCUGUAGGACAGAAAGUUGGGGCAGCUGGUGUCCUUUGCCAUAUUAGGAGGUCAGAAGCAGAGGACAAGUUUGUACUCAAUAUUGCUAAUGUUGGUGAUACCAUGGCAGUAAUCAGUCGCCAUGGUGAAGCAGUGCCCUUGUCAAGGUUGUUUGUUGUCAACAAGGACAAGGAAGAGAGACAAAGAAUUUAUAAGUCUGACGGAAUCAUUACUGAGGAUGGUCAUGUCAGUGGUGUUACAUGUAAUUCUCGUCUGCUUGGAUGUAGCUUUCUGUUCCCUCAUGUAGUCCCAGAACCUCAUGUGACCAGUAUCAAUCUCAGACCAGAGGAUCAAGUCCUUAUCAUUGCUAAUCAUGGUCUUUGGAAAUAUGUGUCAUAUCAGGAGGCUGUCAAUCAGGUCAUAGACAUACCUGAUCCAGUAUUAGGUGCUAAAAAACUUCAGGACCUUGCUCAAGGAUAUGGGUCUAAAGAGAGCAUUGGGGUUUUAGUUGUUAGGUUAUUAUUAUCAAAUAAAGAAAGACAUAGAUUGAAGGAUAUACUGCAGACUCAGUUUGAAGCUGAACAAAACUUAUUAUCUCAACUCAAAAGCCGAGAUUUGAGGAGGGAAAUGGAGAAAAGGAAAAGGCGUUCUGAAAUGAUGGAAGAGGAAGAAGUUGUUCCCAUGGAAAUAGUGAAAUUAAAAGAUCGACAUAGAACACGUGUUCAGGCUUCGUCAGUUUUCAAUGAUGAAGGUGGAGAAUAUGUUAGUCUGAAAGAUGUCAGGGAUCAGAAUGAAUCAACUAAUCAAAAUGAUGAUAGUGGACACAAUAGUGAUUUUUCUGAUAACUGGGAGGAAUUAUUGCAAAAGAGGCUAACCGAAGAAAUAAAAAACAAAGAGUUACAACAUGUGUUCUUAGAGAGAGGUGAAGGACUAGGUCAAGGGUUCAUGUUUGUUGAUGAAUUAGAAGAUGAUAUUGACAAUAAUUGGGAAAUAAGUGAUAGUGAUAAGAAUCUGUUACUCCCUAAAAAUGGUAAAGGAUCAAAAAACAAUUUCCUGGGAUCCAGUCCUCUUAUAAAUCCAUCAGCUUCUGUUCAAUCUGUAGAAUUCCAGAAAGAAUAUAAUCAUUAUCCAAUGAACAUUGAUAGAGACGCCAUAUUGUUUCAUCAGAUGCAAAUGGUGCGAGCAACUCGGCAGAGUACGGACAGUUUAAACUCGACACAGUCUGUGCCGGCUAAUCCAAUGAGGAAAGAUUUCAGUGGAGGCCUUAAAACAUCAUCCCAUAGCAUUGAAGUUUUGAUUCAUAGUCAAGAACCUGCAUUGUCUGCUCAUAGUAUCGGAGGAUCAGAGCCUGAACCCAAUCCAUCUUAUCAAGGAAACCCUCACUUACAAACUGAUCAAGUUUUCUUGCAAACGGAAGUUGUUCCACAAAAUUCUCCUUUACUGAAAGCAAAACAAAAAUCAAAACAUUCCAAAAAAGACAAAACUUUAGUUCAGAAAGAAACUAAAACUACAGCAGUUAUAGAAAAUUCAAGUGUGCAAUCACAAAAUGACAGACAUGUGCUAAAUGGAAAACAGGAAGUUUCUUUGAAGAAAAAGGGAAGCUACUCACCUGAAAUCAAUGGACAGAGAUUACAACAACAACACAGAGAAAAUACUGUAGAACAUGUUGUUCAAGUACAUAAUUCUGACCUUGACCAUAAUUCAAGUGGUCAGGAGGUCAAAGUUAAGAGAUCACCUCCAGUUUCACAAAAAUUACAUCAGUCAACACAUCGUUCACCUCCAAAUAGAGUUAAAAAUCUUUUGAAUGGACACAGUCCAACAGAACAAGGUGAAAACACUAAUAUCUGUGAUAAUUCUGUUGUCAGUGGUUACAAACAUGUCAAAAACGUCAGUGAGAAAAAACACCGAGCUCCUCCAAUGCCUGUGGCUAUACCACAGAUAUUAGAACGUUCCGAUUCUGAUGUGACCAAUAUAAGGGCAACAAGUGGGAUACCUGCAAUACUUAAAAAUAGUCAGAAUUCUAUUCAUAUGUCAUGUGGGGUAUAUGAAGAUGUUCAGCAAUUUGACUCACAAAAGCAACAUGACAAUCAGAACUCUACCGAAGGUAUCAUUAACCACCGUAGUUCUUUAGAGCUACCACAUUCUCCAGUGAAUGUGAAGGAAAUGACUCAGAGAUAUAUUAAUACAAUUAAUGCAAAUCAGAAGUCACAUGUGGCAGAUGACAAAACAGGAGCGAAAUAUGUUAACACCAUCGCAGUUCUCCCUGUAUUUCCUGAACAAAAACCAAAGCAUCUCAAACAGAAAAUGUACAAAGUAGAAACAGACUAUAAUGCAAACUCUAUAUCUAGUUUAGAGGGUAUAUAUCAUCUGAUUGGUAGUUCAAAAUCAAAGAUGGAAUCUCCAAUAGAGACGACACCAAAACCAUUGACAAGAUCCCGAAGUUUAGAAUCACUGAUUGGUCGAUCAAUUAGUCAGCAAAGCAUAACAGUGACUUAUUUAUAGGGCAAAAUAUUGUUUGAAAUUGACAGUACAUCUUUAUAUUAAAACAAAACAUUCAAAUUUAUUUAAGUCAUGUUUUGAUUAAUGCUGUGAAAUCUAGUCUUAUUCGUUUUUUAAAGAAUCAAAAUCUGGUAUUAAGUGUCUACAGUUACAGUAUUUUAUCAAGUUUCCAUUUAUACUGAGAAAUGGUUUAUUUCAAUUUAUAAAUGAUAAUUUUUUUUAAACUUAAAUGCUUAUUUGUUAUUACUGAAUUGGAUUUUGUAUUAUUUCCAUGCAUUGUUAAGAAUUGUUCAGGAGUUCCAUAAAUUUUGAAUUUUGCAAUUUGAUAAAGUUUUUCAAUGUUGUUCAUUUUAUUCUUUUUAAUUUUUGAAAUAUUAAUGAUAUACAAUUUUGUAAUGGUUAAGUCACAACAGUUCUAUCAUAAAUGCGAAAAAUUAAAAUUUAAUUCAUACAUCUAUGCAAAAUUGAUAUGCUAUUCCUGUAUUUGUUGAUUUGGUUUUAUUAUUGAGAUGAUUUCUUGUUACAGAUAUUUCAUCUUGAAAUUUACUAUUAUUAAAAUAGGUAUGUGCCACCAGAAAUUAUGUAACUUAUGUGAGUCAAUUAUGGUUAUAUAUGGUUUAAAUCAAAGAAAUACCUUGCUGAGCAAUAUAUAAAGGGUCAAGCAAUGUCAGAUAUCUAUGUAACAUUGGUCAGGAUAACCUGUGUUAUAACUUGAAUGCUGUGCAUGUUUGAGCUUGAUUGUAAUGACCUGAAUGAAAAGUACAUUUUAUUGUGUUGUCUAUAAUUAUUCUGCAAUAAAUCCAAUUUUUAUGACACA